CGAACGCUACGCGGGGUGGGGUGGAAGCAUGCUGCACUCGUUCAAGUCGUUUGUCGAGGGCUCGCUCGACAAGCUGAAGCGGACGGCAGGGACAGGACCAUCGCCGGCUCAGCUGGCGGCGCAGCUGGAGGCGCUGUCGGCCGAGCUGGGCUUCCCCGUGGCAGCGGGCGCAGGGCUGGUUCAUGGCAAGGAGGUGGCGGAUGGGGCGCUGGCUAUGGGCACGCAGCGGGUGGCGGAGCAGGCCGAGGCGCUGGAGAAGCAGGCAGCAGUGGUGGCCAAGGCUGUCGCUCAGCACUAUGAUUGGUGGGUCACCUUUGAGGCGCGCAUGCAGCUGCUGCCGGCCGUCGAGCAGUCGGUGGCAGAGGCGGAGGCCUCGGUCCAGCGAGUGUGCGCAAAGAUGGGACGGCUGGAAGAGCUACUGGAGGAGAUGGACUCGGUGGUGCUUGAGCGUGAGACGCUUGCUCUCCGAAACGCCGCCCUAAGCAAAGCGUCGUCGUACUCGACCGAGCGCCGGGCGUGGGUCGCCUCGCUCAACAUGAGCAUGGCGGCAGAGCAGAUCGCCCGUGAGCAAGCGGCACUUCAGCACGAGCUGCAAAUGGCCGAGUCGGAGAAGGCCCGCCUCGCUGUGCUGGAGCGCGAGAAGGCCCUAGUCGUUCGUGAGCAGCUCCGCCUCGAGCGCGAGCGGGUCCGCGAGGAGAAGCGGGCGGCCAAGGCAGAGAAGAAGCGGCUUCAGCGCGAGGCCAAAGAGCGCCAAAAGUCGGAACGCGCCGCCGCAGCAGCCAUUGUAGCCGCUGCCACUGCUGCCGGCUCGCCGCCAAGCGGGAGCCACGUGCCGCCCCCACGGCGGUCUGAUGCCCGCGCGAGCGGAAGCCCGCACCUGCCGCGCGGGAAGAGCCUCACUGUACUUGCCGACAAGCCGUUUGACGGUGUCGAGAGUGUAGACGGUGGAGGCACGCUGGCCGAUGGCGAGCUCAACCAGUGGCUGGCGUGGGCGCUCAAGUUUCACACGUACUCGGCUGCGCACGUCCUCCACACUCGUCGCGAGGCGCUGGCCGCGUUUGCUGCGGAAAAGGCUGAGGCCGUCGCCAACGAGGACUUUCUCAUGGCCAAGCAGUGCAAGAGUAAGAUCAACGAGCUUCUCGUCCGCGACGAAAGCGUGAUGGAGGCGUAUGCCGCCGUGGCAGCCGGCGCCCAAGUUGCCGCCGACCACGCAGCGUCGGGCGCUGGCCUGCUCUCGCUCGUACAGAUGGCCGAGAUGGAAGCCGGCGCAGUUGCACGUGAGGACUAUGGCGUUGCAUUCGCGCUCCGCCGCAUCCUGCCGCAGGCCCAGCACCUGGAGAGCCAGCUGGCCGAAGCGCUCGCGCUGGAAGACUACCCUGCCGCCGCCGCUACCCGCACCGAGUGGGACGCUGUGGUCGCCGAGCUCGAGGCUGUCCUCGGCGCUCCGCAGCCGCCGCAGCCUGGAGAGAUGGAGGUCUCCACUGAGACCCUCGAGUGGAUGCGCGAGACGUUCCCGGUCAAUCCGGACGCGCCGCUCUCGGUCGCAGAGCUGAUCCAGAUGCAGGCCACCGCCGUUGCCCGCGCCGACUACGCCGCCGCCGGCCUGUUCAAGGCCCGUCGUGAAGCGCUACAUGCCUGUCUUGCCGGCAAGGCCGAGGCCAUUGACACCGAGGACUUUGACGCCGCCCAACAGUUUAAGGUCCGCGAGCUCGAGCUGGUCAACCGUGUCUCACUCGUUGCCGCCGCCGCCGGGAGCCGAGCAGCCACUGCCAAGAGCAGAUCUGGCGACAGCGAUGAUGCGUAG